AUUAUUUCUGCAUUUGUUCCUCAACAAAGAGCAGAACAUAGUGCAGUUCUUGUAGCUAAAAAACUUUAUUUUCAAGGUGGUUAUGAUCAUACAUACAACGUAUAUGUUAAUAGCCAGUUAUUUUACCUUGAUGUUUCAAAUUCUUUUAAUACAACUAACAUAAAUUUAAUGCCUUGGACUGACUUGUCCUCGACACCGGGUUUAACAAACAAAACUGGAGCAACAGCUUGUGUUGAUGGUGGAGCAAUUUUUUAUAUUGGUGGAACCCAUUCUGGAAAUCUUGUUAGUAAAUUUGAUACAGUAUUGGGGCAAUGGAAUGAAUUAAAUACUUAUGGGUCAAUACCUACCCCUGGAUUGAUAGCAAAUGAAGAGAUAAAAUUUGUUCAAUGCGUAAUUUUGGGGCAUAAAAUAUAUAUUUAUGGUGGAUAUGGAGUUUAUCAAAUGAACAUAUUAGAUUCUUUACAAUUAUAUUGGUCUAGAUUUUCAUCAGCAUUAACGUAUAGCGGAACGCAAGGUUAUACUGCUACAAUGUUAAACGAUUCAAUAUUAUAUAUGGGAGGAGGAGGAAUCAAUUUAACUUAUUGCCAAGCAAAUUCAACUAACGAAUUGCCGGUUUCAAUUUUCAAUACAAGCGAUAAUUCAUGGAGAAUGGUUCCCACGUCUGGUCAAGCCCCUCUUGCAAGAUGUGAUCAUUCAUCGGUUUAUAUUUCUCAACAUAAUCGAAUUUUAUUAUUUUAUGGAACUAAUAACAAUAUUUCAAUAUAUGCACUCGACACUUUAACAUUUACCUGGUCAAUUCCUAAGAUAUUAAAUUCUGGUGGUUCUGUACAAAUAUUAACACAUCAUACUUCUACAUUAAUUGGAUCUUAUAUUCUUAUCGCAUUCGGCCUUUAUAUUAAUUCUGGACUAGGUUCAUCUGAUGUUUUUCUUCUUGAUGUAAGUCAUUAUGACAACUAUAAAUGGGAAACAACUUAUGAUCCUGCCAAAUUAUUUCAACCAGCACCAACCCAGACUAUUGGUUCAAGUUCAACAUUGAAUAACCAACAAAAUAUAAAUAUUGUUGUUAUUAUUGGAGAAGUAAUUGGUGGAAUUUCAGGGCUUAUAUUAUUAUCAACAGCUGCAAUAAUUAUUAUUUAUAUAGUCAAGAAAAAAUACCAAAUUAACGUUGAUACUUUACAAGAUCAAAUUACUAAUCAACAACCUGUCGAUAUGUUAUAA